AUGAGACACAGUGCUGAGAAGCAGUCGUAUCGCUCAGAUACGGACAAAGGCAAUGGCUCUGUGGAUGUAGUACACGCUAGCAACUCGUACGAAGAGACGAGUGCUGGCGAUGUGCUGCUGGCGACAGGUCUGAAAGCAGGUCUUAAGAACCGGAUGGUCAACCUGAUUGCUCUGUGUGGCAUCAUCGGGCCUGGUGUGUUCAUGGGCUUCGGCAGCAUGCUGGUGGCCUCUGGUCCUGCUGGUAUGAUGGCCGGCUUUGCCAUAGUGGGUGUUCUUGUUCUCAUCUGUAUGUUUGAUAUUGGUGAGCUGAACGCCGCCUACGAUGCCAAUUUCGCCAUCCUGGGCUCGAGAUUUGUGUCCAAGGGGUUUGGUGCCUCUGUUGCCUUGGCUUACGUUGUUCUUUGGAUCACCAACCUGAUCUCUGAGUACACAUCGCUGUGCGCUGCGAUGUCCAUCUACACUGACAAGAUCCCCAUGUACGGUUGGUAUUUACUGCUGUGGGCGUUCUUUACGUGCUUCCAGCUGCUGAACGUCAGCUGGUGGGGCGAGAGUGAGUACAUCCUGGGCAUCAUGAAGCUGACAUACCUCACCGGGUUCUACAUCUUUGCCAUUGUAUACGCCGCUGGUGGCAUUCCGGACCAUAAACCUGAUGAUCCUUUUGGAAAUUAUCCACUGAACAGCGGGUUCAAAGGCAUUGCCAACGCCUUUGUCUUUGCUGGUGUCUUCUACUCAGGUGUCGAGGGAGUGUCAGUCAUCGCUGCUGAGACCAGGAACCCUAGAAAGGCCAUUCCAACGGCCUGUAAGAACACGGUGCUGAGAAUCUUCUACGUCUACUUUGGCCUUACCGUGGCGUACGGUAUCACAGUGGCUUACAACGACCCUGCGUUCAGCAAUUCACAGAAGGUGAUGAGAUCACCAAUGACAAUUGCCCUUACGAAUGCUGGAUGGGCAAACUCGAAGUACUUUGUCACGACAUUUAUCCUCUUGACGUGUAUCUCUUCCAUCAACAGCGCAAUCUACUUCGCGUCGAGGGCUCUGUUCACAUGGGCAGAGGCAGGCUACGGGCCAAAGAUCUUUACAAGGACUACCGGCAAGGGUAUCCCCUGGGUCUCGAUCCAUUUCGUUCACCUCUUUGGCUUCUUGAGUAUCCUAUCGUACAAGAGUGGGUCGAGCAUCGCCUACACCUACAUUGUGAACGUUGCCUCAGUUUCUGCCUUCAUUGCCUGGACUGCAAUCAUUGUAACACACUGGAGGUUCAGAAGAGCCUGGAUUGCACAAGGCUAUUCGUUGGAGGCCUUGCCUUUCAAGUCGUAUUUUUAUCCUUACACCGACUACAUAGGGUUUGCGUUUGGUGUAUUCUUGGUUCUCGUACAAGGUUGGUCAGUGUUCAAGCCAUUUGACUAUAAAGGCUUCAUUGAUGGUUAUAUCAUGUUACCUGCUUUCUUCAUCUGCUGGUUUUGCUAUGAUUAUUGGUACUUCAAGAAGGGUGUGAUCAAGAUUGAAGAGAUUGACUUUACGUCUGGUCGCAGAGCCGAUCUGGAUGACAACUAUGGCUGCGAUCUUGAUGAUAUUUGA